AUGGUUUUUUUUCAGGUUGUCCAUGUGCUCUGUGACUGUGUCCCAUCACAAAAGGCUCAGGCUGCGCACAACAAGACGAUGGCCCUUGAAAGAAGGGUGGAAUUCCUUCUCCAAGAGUGGAACGGACUCGAGAUGGAAAGAGACCGUCUACAAGGCGAGAUGGGCCGACGAAACGCGGAAAUCGGAUGGUUCAGAGCCGACCGAGAUGCACGGGAAGAGACCAGAUGCUGCGUCCUGUGUAUUUGGAUGUACGAUAUGCAAGCGGUGCUCCCGAAAACGUUUUCCUGUGGUCAUACGUUCUGUCAAGAAUGCAUUGAUAGGAUCUCCGUACGACUCCAAUGGGGGUCAUGGCUCCGCUGUAGCACAUGUAGGCGGCGUAUAAAUAUCCCAGCAGGAGGCUUCCCGACUACAUUUGCAAUGGUCCCUGCGUAUAUAGCACCACAGCCGGAUCACCUUCAACUCUAA